ACAUCAUAUGCAAAGUGAUACAAAGUACACUGGAUUGUCUUGCAAAUGGAAUUCUUUACCCUCUAGAAUAUUCGAUACGAAGGUAAGAACAAUAUAAUGACAUGCACCACUAAGACUCAGUCAUUCGUGGUAAACUGCAAGGAAGCGAAAUGCACUUUCUAAGCUGUUGUACAGGCUGCUGUUUGCAGUUCUGUUUCAUUACAAACAGCAUGUGAUAAUAGAACAGGUGCACACACGCACUCACACAUACACACUGUACGGAAGGUAGUUUGUUUUUUCAGUAGCUACGGACAAACGAUUUUCAGGCGCGCAACUUUUUGGUUCGUCGGUUCGUCAAAUGCAGAGCUGCAUGCUAUCAGCAUGACGUCAUUGAAACAAGUGUAGCAGAAACGAUGUAAUUAAUUAUAUUUUGAAAUCAAUAAGGAAAUGGCAUCCCUAAAACGCAAUCCUGCAUUCUGUGACUACAUCAGAGCAACGAGAAUUCACUUCAAGGUGUCAAACAAUUACAAGUUUGCAAGAUAGCUUCCCCUUUACGCCAAUUACAGUGCAAUUAGAGCAAGCCUUCAAAAACGUAUCGUUAAUGCAAGAUUUUUAUCUUACAAAGAUGGAAUUCUACGACAACAGGCAUCACACCAACGAAACAAACGACCCAGAGAUGAUUGAUCGGCUUCCCAGAUGGGCUUGGGAUCUAGGACUGGUUAUAUACAUAAUCCUUCUACUUUUAGCUUUCAUUUUUAACUCGCUGGUAUUAUUCACAUUAUGCCGUGUGCGGUCCAUGCGUAGAUCUGUCGGAUCCACUAUGAACAUAAUGCUUGGGAAUCUCGCGCUCGCUGAUCUUCUCCUUGCCAUCAGCACCACACUCGAGGCCACAGCCGUCUACAGACACUCUUGGGAGCUCGGUAGUACUGCAUGUAAGAUUCAACGCUGGUUCAUGUAUUCGUUCUAUGCUGUAUCCAUGCUUUCGCUCAUCAUUAUAAGCCUCGAGAAGUACUACGCCAUCUGUGACCCGCUGAACAAAAAGGUUCUCCAAAACACUGGCACGGUGUAUUUUUACAAGAUGAUUGGCGCACUUUGGGUUGCGGCAUUGCUUCUAGAGUCCCCGCAACUUUUAAUCAGUGAUUUGGAAAAUACGUACAGGACCACGGUAUGCACGGACGUAAACCCCGAGGAUCACGACCUUCAUAUACUGGUCUUGUCUAUCUACUAUCUCCCAAUGUUUAUACUCCUCUACGCGCUACCAGUAGUAAUGUUCACUGUGACCUUUUACAAAAUCGGUCGUAAGCUUCGCGGAGUCGAGAAGCGGUUAUUGGAACGGUCGCGCCAUGACAUUUUCGACGUCGUGCAAAAACGCAAAAGAGUCCUUCGUGUUUUGCUCGCUGUUGUUAUUAUUUUCAUUUGUUGCUGGUCGCCCUUCAAUUUUGUCCAGCUACUCGGCAAAGACACCUCUCUCGAUAAUUACGACCCAUUGGGCAACUUCUACGUGUCAAUCAAAAUGUUGGCGCUAUGCCACGCUGUCCUGAGCCCAAUUAUUUGGACAUUUAUGGGUCAGCAAUUUCGCAAUGGGGUUAAGCGCGCUCUUGGGUUUGCUGAGCAACGGCUCAAUCCAUAUGGAUUGUCCCCAGGCUCUCCCGGGCUGGUAACUAGUAACGUACAAGUAAGGAGUGCUUCUGGUGGUAACCUUGACGAUCUACCCGCAGAAUUCCGACCACGGUCAAGGGGACUGGAGCCUAGGGAUCUUGUUAAACGUCCUUCCAAGCUCGAUCUACUGUUGACUUCUAUUACGCCACAAACGGGCUCCCAGGGGCUUACACAAGGGGUGAUAUUGGAGGUGGCCGAAGAAGACGAUGUCUUUGACUCAUAGCUAAAGGCUCAGCAUGAGAACAUCAUGUUGAUAUAAUGAAUUUGUAAUCCAUUGACCAGUCUGUAAUAAUAUACACCUUAUACUAUACCCUGCGACGUGCUCCGGUGGAAGUAAACAAAACCUGUUUGAACACAAGUACAGGGGCGGGUCCAGGAUUUCAAAAUGGGGUGUGGAUAAUUGCCAGAUAGAUGGCUUAUAAUUGAUCCAGUGGCUCUUGGUAAAUCACAGAUCUGAAAAUAUUUCACACUGAAUUGGAUUUGUCGCGUCAGCAAAGUCAAGCAGGCGAAGGCACAUGGAAAGUACCUCCCGCCCUCAGACAUUUAUUUUCUUCAAACAAAGUGACUUUUUUUUACUAAAAAGGGGGGUGGAUAUCCACCCAAUCCACCUCCCCGUAUCCGCCCCUGAAGUAGGACAGUUGGCCUUUAUCAUCGUUAAGUGUAAAUGAUUAUAACUAACAACCGUAGUGCUAGUCGUUCUGGACUCGUCACACUAGGCGCCCUAUCCCCAGUAACUCGUUCAAAUCCAGUAACUCGCUCAAGCCCCAAUCACUCGCCCAAAUCCAGUAUCUCGCUCAAGCCUCAGUAACUCGCUCAAAUCCAGUAACUCGCUCAAGCCUCAGUAACUCGCUCAAAUCCAGUAUCUCGCUCAAAUCCAGUAACUCGCUCAAAUCCAGUAACUCGCUCAAGCCUCAGUAUCUCGCUCAAAUCUAGUAACUCGCUCAAGCCUCAGUAACUCGCUCAAAUCCAUCUCGCUCAAAUCCAGUAACUCACUCAAGCCCCAAUCACUCGCCCAAUCUCAGUAACUGUCCAGGACGGCUGAUUUGAAAGGGAUACCACUCUCGUGUAAGCUUUUAAGAAAAAUACAGUUUUGUCUACCGGGCUUGUAUGCCUUUUAACAUACUCAAAAAAUUAUAAGGAAAUUCCUGACAGAAUAUAUUCUUAUACGGUUCUUUGUAAAAAUAUUCAUUGUCUAUUAUGAGACCUCUGUCUCACAAAGGAACCCUACUUACUGCUGCUGCUAGUAGCCUCUAGAUUGCUGAACAUCAGAACUAAUAAUGAAAGGCGAGAAAAGAGGACGACAUGAAUGUGGGUCGCCCUAUCACUCCUGGUAUCGGCUGCAAAUGGUUCCCGCAGCUCAUGAAGUUGUCAUAAUAACAAUUGACGCCAUGAUUAAAUUUGAAUGAAGGUC